UACGCGUCCAGUUCAAAACAGGAAGUGAUCCUAUCUGCUGAAGACUAGCUAGCACUCAUGCUGCCACGUUAUCUUAACGCCGAAGAAUGGGUGUAAAAGGCUUGCAGUAUUUUAUGGAGAAAUGUUGUCCAGAAACCUGUGUGAUGGUGGACUUCAGGGAGAUGGCAAGGCAGCAUGUCAACAGCCACCAACAGGGCAGUAGCACCACUCUUCCUACACUGGUGGUGGAUGGCAUGGCCUGUCUGAGGCACUGGUACAGCUGUCAAGCCUGGGUGUAUGGUGGUCAGUGGAAAGAGUAUAUGCAUUGCCUGAAGGAGUUUGUGGGUGCAUUCAUGACUGCAGGUAUCCGACUUGUGUUUUUCUUCGACGGGGUAGUGGAAGAAGAAAAACGUGUGGAGUGGGUGAAUCGGCGACUGAAGGUCAACGAGGAGGUUGCGAGGGUGUUCCACUAUUUAAAGUAUCAUGGUCAACAGCCUGGCCGGGAGCUGUUCUGCCUCCCCUCAGGGCUGGCCACCUUCUCUCGCUUUGCCCUCAAGUCUCUGGGCCAGGAGACCUGGUGCUCUGUUCGCGAGGCCGACUAUGAGAUCGCCAGCUUUGCCCUCCGUCACAACUGUAUGGGCAUCCUGGGGCAGGACACAGACUUCAUCAUCUAUGACUCAGUCCCCUAUCUGUCUGUGGCUCAGCUAAGGCUAGACACCAUGACCACCGUGCUGUUUUCCACAGACAAACUGUGCCACGCCCUCCAGCUGCAGAAGAGUGAGCUCCCUCUGCUCGCGUGUCUCCUUGGUAAUGACGUGGUGCCAGAGCAGCGGAUGCAGCGGCUGCGUAGCGAUGUCUUGGCAGCUUACAGGAGGAAACAUCCACAGUCUCCACCUCAAGGGGAGAAGAUUUAUGCUGUAGCAGAUUUCAUCAGUAGCAACAAGCUGUCCAGAGAGGGAGCCCAUGGUGUUAGCUGUCUGCCUCUAACAGAUAGAGAGGUUCUGGAGAAAGGAGUACAGUACUAUCUACUUCCUGGUCAACAGCCGCUAUGGGACAUUAGUGAUACCUCUCCUCGUAGCCCUGUGUGUCUGAUGAAGAGCUACUUGAGUCCUGACAUCCUCCAGGCAGCCAAAGAAAAGCACAUGCGAGCAGAGUGUUUUAUGGUAUACAAUGUACUGUAUGAUGGUGUGGUGGAAUGCAGUAAUACACUUGAAGACAGGGAGGAUGCUGAGCUCACUCCACAGGCAAUUGUGUAUCAACCUUGCAGAGAACGCAUCUACGGCAUUCUGUUACCCACAAAUCCAGACAGUGGUGGACGGGCCCCAACCGUGAGGGAAUGGUUUGUUUUUCCUGGAAACCCACUAAAGGACCCCAAAGUAGUCUCUCCCUUGCCCCUGAACCACUCUGAUUUGAAGCGUUUAUGGUUUGGGAAGGACUCCGAAACAAAAUGCCUCCGCAUCUCCACCUUCUUGGCUGUAUUUGAGUUGGAUGAAUUCUCAGUGGAGCAUGAUCGUCUGGAUGGCUCUUUGAUGGCUGUGCUGUGCCUUGUGACCUACAUUGCCAUGCAGGUGGGCCACCUCUCAUUGGAAGACAUAGAUGCAUAUCUCAGCCAAGCUAUCUGUGUCAGGUACAAAUCCUACACAGAACUGCUUCACACAAGGGUCUCUCAUGUGGAGCCCCGGGCGGUUCAGCUGGGCUCUCUGUUUGUCCGAGGGCUGACCCACCUGGUGGCCGCCAACAGUGCUUGCGGAUGCCCCUUCCCCAUGGAACAGCUGAUGCCCUGGAACACCUUUGACGGCCUGCUCUUCCACUCAAAGUACCUGCUGGCUCACUCAGGGAGGCCACAGGAGGAGCUGCUGGAGGGCAAUGCAUCCUGGGUAUCCCUGUUUCGUUUUCUGAGAGAGCUGGUCUUGGGAAUCUGCAGCAGGCGUGGCCAGAGCAUCCAGUCCAGACCACGGAUAACACAUCCCGGGAAGCAUGUGGAUCACAGCGAGCAGUGGAGGCAAAGAGGAGCCCCAUCGGGACAGCAUGGUCCCUCUCCUCAACACUACAGACCCCAGACCAGAUCCCCAUCAGGACAGCAUGGUCUCUCUCCUCAACACUACAGACCCCAGACCAGAUCCCCAUCAGGACAGCAUGGUCCCUCUCCUCAACACUACAGACCCCAGACCAGAUCCCCAUCAGGACAGCAUUGUCCCUCUCCUCAACACUACAGACCCCAGAGCAGAGGUCCUAGAGCACAGGCACAUGAACAUAACAGACCAAGAUCAACAUGUCCAAACAGAAGGAGAUACCAUCUGGCACCUAGGUGGCAGAACCCCCAUCUUGAUUUCCCCUGACUGUCAGUGUUGAGUGGACAUGCCUUGCUGGGACCAUCUUACAGAAUUGCCCUGUUAAGAGCAGCACAGCCCAACACACUCAGGGGAUAUGUCUGAUAUUAGGCCGACUUGUGUUGAACUUUGUGAACACAGUUUGUGUUACCAUAACCUCACUAUCAGUUGGAUUGGCUUGGAGAAAUGUAGGUCAUGUAACUGUAUGAGAUAUUGGUUGCAAUAGGAGAGGAUAUGCGUCACAAGGAGAGGAAUAAGGGCUUAGUAGGAUGUUUUUUUAUUUUUUACUAACUGUUUGAGGUACAGGAAUGUAACAAGUGAAAGAAGACCUGAGGGAGCAGUUACAUUUCACUUGGUUUAGCAUCUGAAAUCCCAAAGUAAGUAUUGACAUACCAAAAUAACAAGGGAUAGGUGACAGUGGGGUAAGUUGAGCCAAAGAGGUAAGUUGAGCCUCCCUUGUUUCUAGGAAACCAGACACAAAAUGUGUCAUUUGACCAAAUGUUUAGGAAGAGGUCAUCAUUUAAUGGAGUCUGUGAGGGAAGAAACCACAUGGAAAAAGUGGUAAGCAAGUUGGGUCCUCCAAAAAUAUUUUCACCWAGUCAAAUUUAUUUAAUGUGUUAGGUUUAGAUACAAGCAUCAUGUAACUUCUAACUAGAUACUUUUAAGAUUGUUUCAAACGUCAGUUGAGGUCUGUAUAAGCUUCAAUAUGAGGUCCUAAACCUAGCAUAAAAGUGCAUCCUUGUAGCUAUGUGGGCUAAUAUAGUCAAACUGUUUGCGUUGUGGUAAAUUGAGGCAAUGGCCAGUUGAGCAAAUGUAAGUAUUUUCUUCCCUGGCGUAAUGCAAGGCAUUAUCGCUGGGAUAUGAGAUAACAACAAGGCCUGGCCUAUGUUUAAAGUGUUUUAACAAGUACAAAGUGUAUGUUAGGUGCUAAACCUGUGUUUUAAAAUAUGCUUUAAAUUAUUUUAAAGCGACUGUGAUUGGGUUGAAUUGUGUUUGGGAAAUAAAAAUAGACAUUGUUUUAUAAGGGUAGUGGUAAUAUUUAAUUUGGUACAGAAAUGUGUAGGCGGCUUAACUUUACCCUGUCCUGUGGCUCAACUUACCCCAUACCCGGGGUAAAUUGUGCCAAGAGAGCACUUUGUUUUUGACAAAUUAUUACAUUUUUACAUGAAUUCUGAUUAUUUCCAUGGAUACACAAUCUCCUGAAAUAUAUGUAGAUCAUUGUUUGAAAGAACACGGUAUUUCCCUUGAUAGCGAUGCUGAAUAAAUGUUUAAAAAUGGC